CUGUUUGUGGCUUCUCGAGACUUCCGGGGAAAGAAAAUAGUGACGGACCAAAAAUGGCGGCGCACCAUAACAGCGAUUUAUGUAUUUACAACGACAAAACUACUUACGCGUGAUCAUGUUAAAUUUGGAUGUUAUCAACUUUUCUAUUUUCAAGUGAUUAUAAAUUAGCACAACAAAAGCCAACGCCUGACAUUUGCUCAGUAGAGCUCCAACGAACCCUUGAGCUAUGUGGGGUGAAAUUGAACCUCCUGUUAAACUACAACGUCAGUCGUCUGAUAAAUGUGCAAAGGACGACCAAGGCACAAUACUAGAGGAUCCGGUGGUAGUACCUUGUAUUCCCUAUAUUGACUAUCCGAAACCACCGCAAGAUACACAGUUGUUGCAAGAUAGUCCAACUGAUGUCACCACUGAUGUCCAUGCCUUGUUGGAGGCUGUAGUUGCCAGUGGAACCCAAGUGAAGAGUCAACAAAUAGGAGAUGCUGAAUUGACACCCGAGGAACGUAGAAAGGAGCUACUGCAUCAGUACAGGAGCAAACCACUAGUCUUCUUGGAGCGCUACCAUAGAUGCCUGAAGCCCAUCCAUCUUCAAGCUUUUGUACAUGUCAGUACCGACCCACGGGCUCAGCACUACAGCGAAGUGAUCCAGAGGCAAGCGUCAGGAGGCACACACAAGACGCAAGUUCGAAACCAGCGUUAUGCUGCACUCAGAGCCCUGCAGAAAGAGGGUCAGUAUUUCAGUGACGAACAGAUGCGAACGAGGCAGCCGCUGCUAUAUGAACACUAUAUUGGACAGUACCUAACUGAUGACGAGGUGAUAGAGCGCUCUCAAGAGGCCAUGUUGGAUGGUGCGCCAAAAAGUACAGCCGCAUCUCAGGGUGCUACAGGAGGGCUGGCAAACCUCCUCCUCAACUCCUACCAAGAGCGUCUUAUCCAGACUCGUCUACAAGAGGAGCAGGAUAAAGAGGAUGGCGCAGAGGAGGAGGAGGAGGAUGAUGAUGAUGCAGAGGAUGAAGAAGACAAAGUUCAAGAAAAGACUUGGGAGCCGACCUCUGAAGAGAAAGCACUUCUUCGGGAGGAGUUUAUCAGUCAAAUGCACCAACGCUUUCUUGAUGGCAAAGACACGGACUUCAACUACAGGUCGGUCGAAGUGGACGAGAAUCCAGAUUAUGACAACCUUGACAUCGUCAACAGAGACGCAGAGGAAAAGUACUUUGAUGAAGAUGAUGAGGAAGAAGAUGAACCAAUGACAGAGUAGUGACCACAGGGACAAUAAAUUCUAGAUAUUUGCUCUUAUUUGUGUUCUGUUGUACACAGAUGGAUAUACUUUAAAUUUGUAAUAAAUGUUUUGGAAUACACAGCAUCUGUCAUUU